AUGGAGGACCCUCAAGAUUGGACUGACUCCACUGAUGUCCUUCAAGGCAUCAUGUUUCAUGAUAAUGAUGUCAAAUCUUCCUUUGAAGGAAAUAUAGAUUUGCAACUUGGCUCUCUCGACCCUUCCAACUCCUUCUGGUCUUCAAAUCAAUAUUAUUCAUACUCCCGAACAAGCGAUCAAGAUGCUUGGAAUCCGUUGCUGGUCACUGGUGUUCCUACCUCGUCGAUUCCGCAUAUGAGCAUGCCCGUACCCGACCAAGACUGCUGCUACUCUCAACAUCACUAUAGCGAACCCUCCGAAAAUGGCAGCCAAUAUGUGGACAACUACCACUCUGCCGACUCGGGUUAUGGAGGAGCCAGCUGUGCGACACAGUCGGUCGUCACUUCUAGCUAUGGUGUUGAGUCGAGCCCACAUAAGGAUGCGUCGGAGGCCACUUGCGAUCCUCACUUCGGCUCCGGGUCCUCGUAUACGUCCGAAUUUGUCGGGUCGCCGUCUAUGUAUGACACAUCUGUGCGGUGUGAUCAUGCUACGUGCUCUUGGGUUGGUAAAUGUCCUUCGGAUAAGAGGAAACACGAGGCCCGUCAUCGCAAGCUUUUCGUAUGCGAUGAGCCGAAUUGCCCGCGCAAAGAAGGGUUCGGAACUAUCAAUGACCUCGCUCGUCAUAAGAAGUGUGUACACAACAAGGAACCGGAGCGCGGUCCCAAGAUGAUGUACAUGUGUUUUGGAACAAACUGCCCGCGUCCAAACAAGCGGUGGCCACGCUUGGAUAACUUCAAGCAACAUCUGAACCGAAUGCAUCACGACGAAGAUGGAGGCUCACUAUUAAAGAUGUCUAUGGACUGGUAUGAGAAGGUCAUCGGUCGAUCCGGACAGAACUUCGACGACCACACCUCGCACGAUGAAUCGGUAUUCGAAACACAGGAAGACAUGGCCACUGUUCACCCAAGCAUCGAGCUCGAGCCAGAGAAUCUCAUGUCCCAACAAAGAACCGAUAUCUUCACAUUUGGCACUAUCACACCCACACCCACACCUCAAUACAGCACCUCAGCGCCAGGCUCCGAUGCAUCUCAAUUUCCAGCUUUUGGCUCAUUGGGUCUAACAGAGCAGGAGGCCUCGACGGACCGCAGCGCAAAGCCAGAAGGAUCCAUCACAGAUGCAGCCGACAACCUGAUCAAUGCCAUGACGAAAAUGAUGCACAACCGCGGGCGGAAGUCAACUCAAAAUUUGGAUGAGGGCAUUGAUCUCGAUUCAGAUGCUCACCUCUCCCAACCCCAACGCCAAAUGCUACAAAAGGUCCUCUCGGUCGCUCUAGAGCGCCUGUCCGACGAUAAUGAAUCCACCCACGACCCAAGCGAAAAGCAAGGCUGGUUCCAAUGCGACGCAUGUCCAAAGCGAACCCGAUUGCGCUGCGAAAUGAAAAAACAUCAGAAACGCCACGAACGUCCUUACGGCUGCACCUUUCCCCACUGCGCAAAGUCCUUCGGCAGCAAAGCCGACUGGAAGCGUCACGAGAGUUCCCAGCAUCUCGCCGUCCCCAGCUGGCUCUGCACGGUCCACGAUCCGCGCAAAGGAGCAAAUUGCGAGCGCCUCUUUUACCGGCCGGAAGUAUAUACCCAGCACGUGCGACAACAUGGAAUACCAGAAUAUCAAGUUAUCGCUUCGGUGACGAAUAAUCGGCUUGAUUUGGCUGGCCAGUCAGAUUUCUGGUGCGGGUUUUGUAAUCGUCGGAUUCCAUUGAGUCAUGGGCCCGCGGCUUCGGAUGAACGGUUCAAUCAUAUUGAUAUUGAGCAUUUCAAGAAAGGGGAGAGGGGACAGGAUUGGUCUUCGCCUUUGCUUGAGAUGGAUUGCGGGGAAUUGGACCGCAAGGCUCCUGGGCGAAAGCGCAAAUUUGCGGCUGCAUGA